GAGCCGGAGCGCGUGCGGCGGGCUGACGAUCUCCGAGGGGGAGACUCUGGAGCAGACUCCAUCACACGCACGCUUCGGCACCGCUGCUUCCUCACGCGCGCUCGUUUGCGACCGAGCCACUUGCGUCUGCGCGCAGCUCUACGUGCGCGGCGGAGCCAACUUGCGGGAAAAGAAGAGAAGAGCGUCUGUGCAAAUCCAGCUCGGCUGAAGCAACAUGUCAUGUCUCAUCACACUGUGCGUGUACUUUCUGAGCGUCCUGAGUGCCGUCAUGACAAAGCCCAUAACCGAGGACAUUGACGUCUUGGUACUUUUGCCACACAAUAACACCUACCUGUUUUCAUACGACAGAGUGUCGCCGGCGAUCUUUUACGCGCAGCGCGCGCUGGAGGCGGACGGCGGACCGUACUCCGGCUUCCGCUUCAACAUCCACUUUGAGAAGUCGGACUGUGUCAAUGACGCUCUGUUCGCCUUAGUGGACGGGUCGUGUCGCCAGAAGCCGGACCUGAUCCUGGGUCCGGUGUGCGAGUACGAGGCGGCGGCGCUCGUGCGGCUGGCGUCGCACUGGAACAUCCCGGUGGUGUCGGCAGGUGCGCUGGCCGCCGGCUUCCGCAGCAAGAGCGGCGAGUACGCGCAGCUGACGCGCAUCGCGCCGUCCUACCUGAAGAUGGCAGAGACCUUCACCGCGAUGUUCGAGCACCUCCACUGGAAGUCCGCGCUGCUGCUCUACGAGGACGACAAGCAGGAGCGCAACUGCUACUUCACGCUGGAAGGCGUCUAUCACCAGAUGAGCGACUACCACGUCAGGCUCUACACGUUCUUCCAGGAGGAUCGACUGGACACCGACGACGUCCUCCAAAACAUCCAGGACGCGGAAGCGGUGAUCAUGUGCAUGGGAGCUGACAAAAUAAGAGAGAUCAUGUUGGCUGCUCACAGACGAGGCCUCACCAGUGGAAACUGCCUCUUCUUUAACAUCGAGCUCUUCAAUGCUUCGUCUUAUGGCAAUGGCUCAUGGAAGAGAGGGGACAAGUAUGACAACGAUGCACGGCAGGCGUACGCCUCUCUGAGCACGGUCACGCUUCUACGGACGGUCAAGCCAGAGUUUGAAAACUUCUCCAAGGAGAUGAGGAGGUCCAGUGAAAAAGCUGGACUUCUUCACUGUGACGACUGUGGAAGUGUCAACAUGUUUGUUGAGGGGUUUCAUGACGCCAUGCUGCUGUAUGCCAUCGCUUUGCAUGAAGCCAUGAAAAAUGGAUAUAAUAAGAAGAACGGAACGGAGAUCACGGCACACAUGUGGAACAGAACCUUUGAAGGUGUGGCUGGCCAGGUAUCCAUGGACGUCAACGGUGAUAGAAACGGAGACUUUUCUCUGAUGGCCAUGACCAAUGUUGAGGCAGGAACCUAUGAGGCGGUGGCCAACUACUUUGGUGCCAACGGAACCUUCCAACUGCUGCCUGCCUUCAACGCUGAGCGUUUCACUCUGACAGGACGACACAAAGAACCCGUGGACAUCAACAAAUCUUGUGGUCUGGGAGUGUCAGCUCUGACUGGAGUCAUAGUGGGAGCUGUUCUAGGAACUGCACUGCUCAUAGCAUUCUAUUUCUUCAGAAAAAACUACCGAAUCACCAUUGAGCGACGCACACACAGUGAAGAAGUCAACACUAGGAAGCACCGUCAGCUGCGAGAGGACUCCAUCAGAUCCAACUUCUCAGCAGCAUAAACGUCCCGACCAAGAAUCACGCGUCUUAAUGUGACCAAAGACUGAAACCUUUGUGUUUGUCUCCUUCAGUGUUUGACUUACUGUAACUCAGGACAACUGUACCAGUCACAGAGUACCACUUACCUGGAUGUUCCUUCACACAGACACAUGCUUGUACUGGUGUGAACACGCAGCCUUUCCAACCCCACGUUGGCGCACUAGUAGGAUGGGUGAGAUCCACUUUACUUUUCUGCUUUUUAAACAACGGAGGGAGCGACAGGAAGGGACAUAAGCUAGAUCUGCACAUAUAAGCCUAAGCAAGCACCUGCUAGUGUUAAUACUGUGGGAAACAGGAAUCGUCACCUCAGUAUGACCACAACCCACGGGUCAGCAUAUUUCUACAUGUGUAGACUUUAAGCUACUGAUACAGUAUGACGCUACUGACACUGUUAAACUUUAGUUCACCGUCAUUUAAUUGAAAACCAUCCUCCAUCCAAAUCAAAUCCCUGAAAUGAGUGCAAGUCUCCAAAAAAGAGAAACACUACGUUGAAAGCACAUUUUUUCUAUUGGCUUUGUGAGUCUGUGUCUCUACUUUCUGGUGAGGCAAAAAUCAUUUAGCAAUAAUAAGAGGACAUCUGGCUUAACUGUUAACUGUUAAACCUUUGCUGGUUUAGCUUUGGAGUUUCAUACAUUACUGCUUCAUGAAUAGAUUAUCUACUGACAUGUCAAAGAACACAGUCGGUUCCAAAUUACAAAUCUUAAAUCAGAUCAUGGAGCUGUAAGUAGUCCAAGAACAGACUGCAUGCAAAGUGUCAGCGCGCUAAAUCUAAAGCCUAAACCAUUCUACAGGCAGGAAGAUGGUGACAGACUGGUUCACUGGACUAACUGCUCGAUGGUGUCGAUUUUCAGAGAUACGUUUAUUAUGAAGAACCAAAUUCAUCCUUCUAUUUAAGCUCUGCCUAAUAUUACUAGAAUUACUUUUAGUAUCUGGUCCGGCACAGUGAUUUAACAGUAAACCUUAAAGUAUUUAAAUUAUUUUUUUUAUUUAAAACAUCAAUAUUUUUGAAAUAAUUCUGUCUAUAUUGAAUGUGUAGUAAAAUGAUUAAACAUCCUAAUUGACUUCAACAUAUCCUUUUUCUCUAUUGUUACUGUAUGUUACACUAUUCCACAGUAUGUUUUUAUAUUAUGUCAGUUAUUAUAGUAGUGUAGAUGCUUUUAAAUAACCAGUAUCAAGUUGUUUCAGUGGCAAAAAUGUAAACAAACCAUUUUCCUCCUUGUUUUCUGAAUAAAUUAGUCAUGAACUGUGAUCAGUUUAACUUAAAAACCAGCUGGACUUAGUUUUCCACCACCCCUUUGUGAUGUUGAAUGGAUGUGCUCAAUAAAGUUAAUGACUGUGUA